CAAAGAAAUGGACAGCUUUGGUGCGGGAUGGUCCUUUAACUCACUCUAAAGAAGCGACCUGAUGCCCACCCCAUUCCAGACGACACCGUUCCCCAAAAAGGACCAAGGACGGUGAUGAACACACAGAGUCGAAGUUUCAAAACACUGCGGAUGUCAAGGUCACCACGAUGGAGCAGAAUAGAAAGACACGUUGAUCUGCUGUCAAUGCCUUCAGAGGGAUCGUCUGCCUGAGGGUAUGUUGAGACUUCUCGCCGUGCUAGAGAAGAGGCGUCUAGGUGGCUCGGACGGGGACUGAGGGCGAGGAGGAAAGACAGACGAGGGACCAGGGAGGAAGACAUGGGUCAAUGUGUCACCAAGUGUAAGAAUCCGACGUCCUCACUCGGCAGCAAGAGUGGAGACUCCAAGUCCCACCACAAGAAAGGCGGUGGCGGGGGCCACAAAGAAGAACCCAGCGGUCUGUGUAGCAAAGCCACCAGCGAGCUGUCGAAUGGCACAAAGGCCCUGGAGGUUACCGUGGAGAUGCCCGUCAUCGCUGCAGUAAUGGGGGAAACUCGCAAGGACGAGCGUCUGGACAGAGACGGGCUGUCAAUGCUACGCAUCGACGAGCUGUUCCACUGCUACAAGGACGGAGAGGAGGAUGCCAUCUUGGAGGAAGGCAUGGAGAUGUUCUGUAACGACCUGUGUGUGGACCCGGCAGAGUUUCGUGUGCUUGUUCUCGCCUGGAAGUUUCAAGCAGCCACCAUGUGCAAGUUUACAAGGAAGGAGUUUGUCGAAGGAUGCAAGGCCAUCCAGGCCGACAGCCUCGAGGGCAUCUGCUUGCGUUUUCCCGUCAUGCUGCUGGACGCCAAGGGCGAGGAGAACUUCAAGGACCUGUACCGCUUCACUUUCCAGUUUGGCCUGGACGCCGACGAGGGCCAACGCUCGCUGCAGCGCGAAAUCGCAAUCGCCCUGUGGCGCCUGGUGUUCACCCAGGACUCUCCUUCGAUCCUGGAGCACUGGCUGGACUUCCUGUCAGAGAACCCCUCAAGUAUUCGGGGCAUUUCGAGGGACACGUGGAACAUGUUCCUCAACUUCACCCAAGCUAUCGGGCCUAACCUGAGCAACUACAGUGAGGAUGAGGCCUGGCCCAGCCUCUUCGACACCUUCGUGGAGUGGGAGCUGGAGCGCAGGAAAAAGGAGGACGAACAGGCACUGACAGAAAAGGAGGAAGAGGGGAGGUGUACUGAGACUGAGUGUUUUCCCACCACAGAUAGACUUGAAACGGAGGGAAGCUGCGGCUCACAGACGUGGGGGGGUCACUGACCAGGAAUCAAGAAAUAAGGGAGCGCACGAUAUGAUCUACACCUGAACUGUACAUCUGUGAAUCAUUGGGAUGAAUAUUAGUAGUAUUACAGCUGUUCAUUUUGUUCUCCUUUUUUCUAUGGGUGGGAUUCCUGCUUUGCACCCUUUUUUGUUUUUUUGAAAGGGCUCUACGAACUGUGAUUUUCAAGCACUUCUGUUUAAGUUAUUAUUUUACCAUUUAUUUCUCCUCCCAUGUGUGUUUUUAAAUUGGAUAUGUGGUCCAUUUCCACCUCCAUCUACCGACCAUGACCAGGCAGAGGUAGCGCUUGGUUUUAAAAACUGGUGACAGGAAGCCAUUACUGUUUCCCCACAAUUAUAUUAUAGACUAUUCACUCUAACUUAAUGACACUGCGGAUACGUUAAGUACAAGGAUAUAGUGAAGAAGUGACAUUUUGGCAACCUGUCCAUAAAUAUUGUUUUACUAUCAAAACAUGAGAUUAACCAAAAGGGUCUGGGUCAGUGACAUCAUCUUGAUUGGACUAAUCAAGUUAGAUUUUAUGCUUUUUUAUCUUGCAGUGCUGUGAAGAUAAAUUUGCUGCAUUUGUGUCGCCUUCACAGCUGCAUGGCAAACAGUAAUGGAUUACAAUUCUGUCACACGGGCAUUUGGUUUUUAACAAUAAUACAAUGUUGAAAUAUCUAUCUAAAUCCAAGUAGAUGGUAACUCUGUGUGGAGUGUUUUUUGAGUGCUACCGGUGCAGCGAGUGACUUAACCUGUGCAGCUGGCUCUGCUCCCUUUUGGCCUCUUGCAUCUUCCAUUUUGAUGUCAACCUUCUUGCAACAAGCGUUUAAGUGUGUACAACACAAUGAUGCUGGCUUGUCUCAUUGGUCUCAUUUUAGGAAGUCCGUAACCCACAGAUGGGCUAAAGCUGUAAGCUUUGGUCAUUUAUCAACAGACGAUGCCUACUAAACCUGCGUUACAUUCAUGACCAUUAGAAUGGGCUUCACACAAAGCUUUUAUUGUUUACCUUGAGUCAUCACAUCCUUGAACUUCGAUACAACAUUUUUUUUAAAUGAUGCGUGCAUCACAAAUAUUGUUGACUGCUGCUGGUAAUGGUUGUAAUGGAUUGCACAAAACAAUGGCAUGCUUAGUCGCUAUACUUGCAACACUUUGCAGAAAGAUUGAUGUCAACCUAAUUAUUUUAAUCUCAAACCUUUUCCAAAACUAGAUUGAUCUUAAGUAUAGCCUAGGGUGUUUUGGGAUGAGUGAAUGUAAACAAGGCAUGCUGGCUAAUCAAGGGUCCAGUGUGGUAAGAAGGUGGCGAUAACCUAAUCUGUUUGGUUUACAUCGACAAUGAUUAUAUUUCAGACCCCCCCCCCCCCUUGUCCUUUUUAUAUAUAAAAUGUAUUGAUUUAUAAUAAAUAAAAACAGUGUUGAUUUUUUUGACUGUUGCACCAUGAA